UUAUCUAAUUCACUGUCACGUGACUUGAAUGAAGAAAAAAACUCCCAACCGCCGAAUUCAAAAAUAUUUUUCGAUUCUCUGCUUCGUCGGCUCUUACUGCAGUGCUUCUCUACAACCCCCACAUCUGACUAUUGAAAAUAUACAGACAAAAUAAAAGAUGUCUGCAGCUGUAGCCAGUGAUUUGGCCGAGCUGUCGAAGCAGCCCGGCAAUGCAGGCAGCAGUGAUCCCGGUACCGGGCAGAUCAAGAUUACGCUCAAGACGCGCGACGAGUCCGUAUCUGUUCCUGAUGUGCCUCUGUUUGUGCCGCUGUCGCUGAAGCGGUAUGGUCUCUCUGAAGUUGUUAACCAUCUGCUUGAUACCGAAAAACCGAUUCCGUUCGACUUUUUGAUCAACGGCGAGCUCCUCCGCGUCUCGCUAUUCGACUACAUCACCAGCAAAGGUCUCUCGUCCGAGAGCACAAUCGAACUCGAGUACACUCGCUCUAUUCUACCGCCUACCUUCCUUGCCUCUUACUCUCAUCCCGACUGGGUUUCAUCUGUCGACAUUCUAAAGUCGAUGCCGGUCGCGAAAGCGCCUAUCGUCUCUGGAUGCUACGAUGGAAUCGUGCGGACUUGGUCGCUGGCUGGACAGGUCACUUCUGAGUUUGCCGGACAUACCGCGCCUGUUAAGAGUGUCAAGUUUUUUGAGAACGGCAAGAAGAUCGUUUCUGGUAGUAUGGACAGAUCUAUCCGGAUCUGGAAAGUUCCCGAUGAAUCGGCGACCACAAACGACGAAGACGACACUGAUGAGACUAUUGCUGCGGUCGGAUCCGCACGCAUUUUCACCGGUCACAAGGCUGCCGUCAACAGCGUCGCUGCUGACUCCUCCACCUCAAGAGUACUCUCCGCUGGUGCCGACUGCAUCGUCGGUCUGUGGAACACAAACUACAAGCAGGCGCCUCCUGCCACAGUGACUGUCUCAACCCGCGAGCCCACCGGCAAGCGUCGGCGGAAAUCGGCGCUUCCUUCGCGCGGUCCGAUCUCGCUCAUGGAGUCUCACACCGAGCCCGUCACCGGCGUUAUCUUUGACGCAAAGGAUUCCACCGUCGGAUACUCGGUCUCGCUCGACCAUACAAUCAAAACCUGGGAUCUCGUCACCUCCGCUCUGGUCGACACGCGAACCACCUCGUUCUCGCUUCUCUCGAUCGCUCAUCUUCCCCGCCUCUCCCUCCUUUGCUGCGGUUCCUCCGCCCGCCACGUAACCCUGCACGACCCUCGCGCGGCCGCAGACGAGACAACCACACGCACCCUCCACGGCCACACCAACUUCGUGGUCUCGAUCGCGCCCAGUCCAGAGUCAGACUAUAUGUUCUCGACCGCUUCCCACGAUGGCACAGUGCGUGUGUGGGACGUGCGUGCAAACAGAAGUCUGUACGUUAUCGACCGCGAUACGCGGACAGCUGAUGUCAAGACAAAGGUCUUUGGCGUCGAUUGGAGUCACGAGGUCGGUAUCGUGAGUGCGGGCGAGGAUAAGCGGGUGCAGGUUAAUCGUGGUACCGAUCUCGAUACCGUGAAGGCUUGAUUGUUCUUCAUCAUAAAAGCACCAUUCUGUAUCAUAGUUUUUUUACGUCAUAUUUCAGUUUAUUAUGUUACAAUAUAUGCAU